UGUUAGGCUACCUCGUACGGAGGCAAGAAGGGGUCUCUGUAGUAUUGUCAUAAUUGCGAUAACCCUCUUCAUGUUUACGGUGAUGCUCAUGAUGUAGGUCAGUCGUGCUCGUGCAUGAUGAGGUAGUGGCAUUUAAGUAACGACGUUCCUAGAACCGAGUCUUAACACCACAAGCAAAUGGUUUUGUGGACAAGGAGCCACAGUUAUCCGUUAUGUUCAUAAGUUUGCUACUGUACUACCUAGCGUGUUAUCGUAAAACAAAAUGUCAUGAAAAUCAAGUCAAAAAUAUCAAGUGAUGAAUAUCAAGAAGCUCAUCAAUAGUAUUAUCAUCGAAAUCGAAACGCUGAACCUAAAUAUCACGAAGCAAAAAGCAUGCACUUUGUUUUCUUUCCAUCCGCAACUAACCAAAAGCUCAAUCGCAACAUCAUCAAACGAUCACGUUAUUUAUCAAUCUCAUUCUCACCAUCAUGCUUUUAUCGACAAACCAUUGCGUAAGGACACAAAGAAUAUUGAUUGA